UGUAAAUACUUUGACCAUACCAAAAUGCGGACGAGACCCAUCACAUUCAUUGCUAUACCACUCAAGCCCCAUCCAAGUCUCUGACGCCCUCACCACGCGCGCUUCUUGCCAUCUCGCUCGAGUCCGCUCCCGCUUCGUGCACCCCCAACCCACCCCGCCGCCGAAGCGUGACAGUCAUCUAUCUGGUCUCAGACAACUCGGGCGUUUGCGUUCGUGGUGGCACUUAGACUUGAAGGGCGCACACAUCCAAGCCUCGAGCUGUACAGAGCAAUCAACACCUUGGUCUUGCAUGCUGGUUGCGGAACGUGCUGUCUCGUUGCAUGAUGUCGCGACCUCAGGAAAACGACCGCAAUCAAGAAGCGACGUGCUACGUUGGCAAUCUGGAUGAUCGGGCGUCGGAUGCGUUGCUUUGGGAGCUGAUGCUACAGGCCGGUCCAGUGCACACCAUCCACAUACCAAAAGACCGCAUCACCUCGGCACAUCAAGGUUACGGCUUUGCGGAGUUCGCGACCGAAGCAGACGCAGAGUAUGCAGUGAGGAUCAUGAACGGUAUCAAGCUAUUUGGAAAACCCUUGAGGGUCAAUAAAGCUAGCAGCGAUAAGAAGCAGAUCGAUAUCGGUGCCAACCUGUUCGUGGGCAAUUUGGACCCCAACGUAGACGAGAGGUUGCUGUGGGAGACUUUCAGCGCGUUUGGAAACCUCACAAAUGUGCCCAAACUCGCAAGAGACCCCGUGACCAACGCAUCCAAAUGUUACGCGUUUGUUGCCUUUGACGCCUUCGAAGCAUCAGAUGCAGCAAUUGCAGCAUUAGAUCAGCAGUACCUCUCCAAUCGCACCAUCAAUGUAGCAUAUGCAAUCAAGAAGGACGGCAAGGGAGGAGAGAGGCACGGCACAGAAGCAGAGCGGUUGUUAGCUCGUCAAGCCAGAAGGAAUGGCGCCUUGCCGCCUGUUCGAGCUCCCUUGUUCGGAGCUGGUGCGCCGCCGGGCGGGGCGUAUGCUGGUGUGCCAGGGCCAGGUCCACCCAUGCCCUUUGGUCAGCCCGGUCCCGCAACGGGUCUGGCCCCUCCGCCUCCCCCGCCAGCCGGUUUCCCAACAUACUCAGGCCCGCCUCCAUCAUCCGGUACCCCCACACCUGGCUUCCCGCCCGCACCGCCACCCCCCAAUGGCUAUGCCGGCCCUCCUCCUGGCGUCCAAUCUGCUCAGCAACCACCUCCGCCGCCCGGCUUUGGCGCACCCCCGCCAGGAACAAAUCCGGCAGGACCCCCUCCACCUGGUGACCUGCAAGGUCCCCCGCCUGCAUUCAUGACAGGCAGCAACAAUGCGCCCUUGGGAGCAAGAAGAUAGUCUUGCUUGUGUGGAUCGCGAUCAUGAAUACAGUCAUCCCGAGCUCUCGCCAUCGCCAACUUGUGCGAUUGUGCGAUUGAUGCAGACGCUUGCGCUAUCGCGCGCUUCCAGACUUCCAUCGCCAGCAUCGAGUCGCAUCUUCAAAACGAGACACGCUGCGUGCUUGGCUUUCUGUGGGCAUGACAAGAUCACAAGAGCAUCGCAAUUCAUCUCGUCUAUCCCGUGGCGUAUGCUUGUGAGCAUUGUACAAAUCAGGGCCGGCAAAAGCAUGGCACAGAGCCAGUAGCACGGCUCGACGGGAAACGGUCUGCAAAGGUUUUCUCCUGUGGGGACGAGUCGGAGCCCACGUGAAGGGUGAUCGCGUGGUAAUGACAACAUAACUGUCGAAAAUUUACCAUGCGAAUCUAAAGUCGAGUCGCUUGUUACCCAGAGCUUUGCCGUCAGCACGUGACAUGUAUUCCAGCUGCUCUUCCUUGGUCAUCGCAUCC